GCCGCCUCCCCUUGUCUCUAUGGUAGUGAGUGGGCGCUCCGGCUGCUGCAGCCGGGAACUCGGUGGUGAGCGGGAGGUGUAGCCGGCCUCUGUCUGUCAUGGCGGCUGUGUGUGAGCUGCUGGUGCUGCUGCUGGGGUCCCUGUCCCUGGGCGCCGCCGUGUACGAGGACCAGGUGGGGAAGUUCGACUGGAGGCAGCAGUAUGUGGGGCGGCUGAAAUUCGCCGCGCUGGAGUCUGGACAAGGCGCAAAGAAACUCAUCGCAGCCACAGAGAAGAACGUGAUUGUGUCUUUGAACUCUCGCACAGGAGAUAUUUUAUGGCGUCAUGUGGAUAAAGACACGUCAGACGGAACCGUAGAUACUCUACUCACGUAUGGUCAAGAUGCCAUCACAAUAUCAGGCGGUCGUGUUUUGCGGUCCUGGGAGACUAACAUUGGUGGUCUGAAUUGGGAGGCUGUCCUAGAGCCUGGCAGUUUUCAGACAGCUGGUUUUGCCGGCAGUCAGGACACGGCGAGAUACAUUGCGGUACUGAAAUCAUCUGUGCUGUCUCUCCAUUAUCUGUCCAACGGGCACCAAAAAUGGGCCGAAACUCUCCCAGACAGUGGCACCGUGCGGUACCAGCUGCUGCACUCCUCCUACAAGGGGCAAGUCCAUGUGGUUGGCAUUCUCCCCCACAGUUACAUCCAGAUCCUGACGUACAGCAUAGAAGAUGGGUCUAUCACUCAGCAGGUUCAGGUGUCAGCUCCUUGGCUCCGCACUCUACAGGGGACGUGUGGGGUGGUCGCAGACAGCGUCCUGGUCUGUACAGACACAGAGACUGCCUCUCUCCACACGCUGUCUCUCGUGUCUGGUGAGGAAACCACCCAGCAUCGCCUGCAGUCCCUGGGUGUGGAAGUGGCUGACGACAUCACAGAGCUGGCAAUCAUCACCGCUCCACGCAGUGCGGCAGGAUCAGAGCAGCUGCCGCAGUUCUUCCUCCAGAUUUCUCCACGCCGCUUCCUCCUAAUGCAGUACCGUGAUGGCGUCCUGACACCGCUGCGCGACUUUCCUCAGGUGUCACUGGUAACGUUUGCGUCGGCGGCGGACAAGACAGUGGCGGCGGUGAUGCAGUGCAAGACUGAUCCGACCCAGAAACCGGCAGCAGAGAUCCCACCAGGACUGAGCUGCCCAGAGGAUGCCGCGUCGUGUCCCGGGCAGACGUUUGCCAUCAGCCUGUACAUGGCGGACAGCGGCCGGCGGCUCCUAGACACCACGCUGACCUUCACGUUGGAGCAGAGCUGCGUGAGGCCAGACGCUCUGUUCCUCCAGCCGUUCCUUAAGAAGGAUGACUCGGUGGGUUACCGGGCUAUGGUGCAGACGGAGGACAACCAGCUGCUGUUCCUGUACCAGCCAGGGAAGGUCUUAUGGCUGCGAGAGGAGUCGCUGGCCGAUGUGGUCACUAUGGAAAUGGUCGAUUUACCUCUCACCGGGGCCCAGGCUGAGCUGGAAGGGGAGUUUGGCAAGAAAGCAGAUGGACUGCUGGGAAUGGUGCUGAAACGUUUGUCCUCGCAGCUGAUUUUGCUGCAGUCCUGGAGCGUCCACCUGUGGAAGAUGUUCUGCGACGCCCGCAAGCCGCGCAGCCAGACCCGCAGCGAGAUUAACAUAGACACACUGGCCAGGGACGACUUCAACCUGCAGAAGAUGAUGGUGGUGGUGACCUCCUCUGGGAAGCUGUUUGGUAUUGAGAGCAGCUCCGGGAGCAUCCUGUGGAAGUUCUACCUGCCCGGCGUUCAGCCAGGUGCCUCCUUCAAGCUGCUGGUACAAAGAACAACCGCACACUUCCCUCACCCCCCGCAGUGUACCCUGCUGGUAAAGGACCAGGAGACGACUCUGAGUUCCCUCUAUGUCUUCAACCCUAUAUUUGGAAAGUUGAGUCAGAUGACGCCGCCUCCUCUCCAGCGCCCAAUCCUGCAAUCCCUACUGCUCCCGGUAAUGGAUCACGACUACGCCAAAGUGCUUCUACUUCUGGACGAUCAGCACAAGGUCAUCCCCUUCCCUGCCACAAAGUAUGUUCUGCAGCAGUUGCAGGAGCUGUCUCUUACCGUCUUCUUCUACCUGGUAGAUACAGAGAAGGGGAAACUGUCUGGACUCCGCCUGCACAAGGACCUAUCUACGGAGGAGAUCUGGGAAAUCCUGCUCCCCCCAGAAAUCCAGAGGAUUACCGUUAUGAAGGGAAAACGUUCUAAUGAGCACGUUCACUCUCAGGGGCGCGUAAUGGGGGAUCGCAGCGUUCUGUAUAAGUACUUGAACCCCAAUUUGUUGGUACUUGUGACGGAAAGCACUGACACUCAUCCUGAGCGCUGCUUCAUAGGAAUCUAUCUCAUCGAUGGCGUAACAGGACGUAUCAUCCACUCAUCAAUGCAGAGAAAGGCCAAAGGACCUGUACACGUUGUCCACUCUGAGAACUGGGUGGUGUACCAGUACUGGAACAGCAAGGCUCGCCGGAACGAGCUGACGGUCCUGGAACUGUAUGAAGGCACUGAGCAGUAUAACAGCACAAACUUCAGCUCCCUGGACAGGCCUCACCUCCCGCAUGUCCUGCAGCAAUCCUAUAUCUUCCCGUCAGCCAUCCGUGCUAUGCAGUCAACAAUUACCGAGCGUGGCAUUACCAGCCGCCACGUUCUCAUUGGUCUUCCAUCCGGGGCUAUCCUAUCCCUUCCCAAAGCAUUGCUGGACCCUCGCCGGCCGGAGAUCCCAACAGAGUACACGAGGGAAGAGAACUUGAUACCUUACACUCCUGACAUUCAGAUUCAUGCUGAGCGAUUCAUAAAUUACAACCAGACCGUGUCUCGAAUGAGAGGGAUUUACACCACUCCAUCUGGCCUGGAGUCUACCUGCCUGGUCGUUGCCUAUGGCCUGGACAUCUACCAGACGCGGGUUUAUCCCUCCAAGCAGUUUGACGUAUUAAAGGAUGAUUACGAUUACAUCUUGAUCAGUAGUGUCCUCCUCGGCCUUGUGUUUGCCACCAUGAUUACAAAAAGACUGGCACAAGUUAAACUUCUGAACCGUGCAUGGCGCUAACGCGAUAGUCUGGGGGAACCGUCAUGAUCGCUGGAGACUUACCCACUCAUCGUCGCCGAUCACAGAGGAACGGACAGAGCAGGAACACUGGGGAUAAGGGGAAUGACUGAUAGAACUUGAAUUUAUAUGAUAAACUAUCCUGCCGUGGCGUUAGGGCCACCUCUGCGUGGGAUCGGCCUACACUGGAACAAUUAAUCACCAAAUCUAUGUUGGUUGACCGGAUGAAUGAAAUGAGUUUGAUUUGCAUAAAACGGGCCGAUGCCUUGUUUGAGGUUCACAUUAUCCCACAUUUUGGGGGUCAUUCCGAGAUGAUCGUAGCUGUGCUAAAUUUAGCACAGCUACGAUCAUUCACACUGAUAUGCGGGGGGACGCCCAGCACAGGGCUAGUCCGCCCCGCAUGUCAGUGCCGGCCCCCCAUCCCCGCAGAAGUGCAAAGGCAUCGCCCAGCGGGCGAUGCCUUUGCACUUCAAGAGUAGCUCCCGGCCCGCAGCGGCUGCUUGUGACGUCACGCAGCCACUGCGGCCCGCCCCUGCACGGUCCGGCCACGCCUGCGUUGGCCGAACCGCGCCCACGAAACGGCGUCCAAACACCGCCGUUCCACCAGCGACCGCUUCUGCAUGUCAAUCAGGCAGAGGCGAUUGCAGCCCCGCUACGGCCUUCGGCCGUCUGGCAUGCGCCGGCGCACUAUGGCGCGUGCCCAGUGGGGACCCGUUCGCUCGGCUGCGAUAAAAUGCAGCAAGCGAACGGGUCAGAAUGACCCCCUUUAUGUAAAAUAAAUUAACCACUGUGAAUAUAUCCCCCGUUUGUGUUUGGCAGGUCACCAAUGUUGCAACAAUUCUGCAAAUGAGCCAUGUACCUUUUUGUGGUUGUAUGCAUGCGAGGUGCACCAAUGGUUUAAGGAAAGCCGAGAUAAUUGGUUUCUCCAAUUUACAUAAUUAAUAUUUUUAAUAAAUUAUAUUUGUGUGCAUAAUUGCCCCCUCUGAUCGGAAACCUGAAUUUUGUGAACCGGAAACAAAUUGAUCGUAGCUCAGAUUUUAUUUUACAGAACAUCAGAAAGAUUUCAGAACACUUCUAAAGUGUUGUGUUUUUGUGUGUGCGCGUUUGGGGGGGUUUGGCAAGUGAACGAUGAGAGAUUCUGGAAGGGUAAAACGGCUACAGCCACUAGAUACUUUCUAUUGUAACGCGUCGCUGCCGGUUUUCAUCUGUCCGUGUGUUUGUGGGAGAAAUAUUUUAAUUAAGUGAUUCUCAGAGUUUCCACAUAAUUUAUAAUUCAAGAGUCCUAUAAUGUUUUCCUGUGGGAUUGUUCAUUGCCACAUGUAAGAGAACAGAGGUAUGUGUAUGUAUGAGAAUCUGUAAUAUUCACCCAGGGAGGAGAUAAUAAAAAGUUUAAUUCCUCAAUCUAUUGCUUGUCGAAACCAUCUUCACCUUACUGACUAAAACAAUUCUAUGAAAUCUCCAACAUUACCUAAAUAAAUAAAGUGACUGUAUUCCCUA